CUCUCCCCUUCGAUCAUAUCAUACUAUACAAGGCUAUCUGACAGUGCUUUGCUGUUCGGCUCUGGGCCUUUUGUAGGGCUUUAUUCCUUCUGUCAUCUAUAUUUCGCCCUACUGACAUCGCCAGAAGUUCCUAGUGUUAUUUUAGUGAAGAAUACCUUCAAAAUGAAUCCUCAAUGUGCAAGAUGUAAGAAGACCGUCUAUCCCAUGGAAAAAUUGAAUUGUCUCGACCAGUUCUGGCACAAGUCUUGUUUUAAAUGUGAAGUUUGUGGGAUGACUCUGAAUAUGAAGAAUUACAAGGGUUAUAACAAGAAGCCCUACUGUCAAGCGCAUUAUCCAACAACUAAACACACAGUAGUCUCAGAUACUCCUGAAAAUCUACGCCUUGCCAAGCAAUCAAAGCAACAAAGUCUGGUUGAAUAUCAUAAAGAUUUUGAAAAAGAAAAAGGUCAUUUUACAGCUGUAGUGGAUGAUCCAGAGACUUUGAGGUUGAAGAAAAACACAGAAAAUAUCAGUAGUAUCAAGUAUACUGGGGCAUCAGCUGAGAUGAGAUGUGGAACAUCUGAAAGGGGUGCAAUAGAAGCAGGAGUUGAAGGAGUUAACCCACAUCAGCCUGGUUUCGAUAAAUACCAGCAGCCACCAAUGCAGUCAUAUUCAGCUCCUCCGGAACAACGUCCACCACCAAAUAAGCCAAGAUAUAGAGCAAUAUAUGAUUACACUGCAGCUGAUGAGGAUGAGGUUAGCUUUGUUGAAGGAGACAUUGUCAUUGAACCCAACAUCAUAGAUGAGGGCUGGAUGGAAGGCAGAAUUGAAAGAACAGGCCAGUUUGGUAUGAUACCCGCAAACUAUGUGGAACAAGUAUAACUAUUCUAUUUUGAACAAUGAACAURUGUAGUGCACCUUCUCUCAAGACAAAGCAUCUUAAAGGUUGCUUUGAUGCUGAAAUCAGGCUUUAGGAACUACAUAUUUUGUAAAUGAUGCCAUUAGUAAUUACUAAUUUAAAUUCUAGCUCUCAAAGUAUUAUUUUUUGAAUUGGUAAAACUAUAUAUUAUUUUUCUUGCUGAAAAAUAUGCAAUUCUUAGACAAUGUCAAAAAAGUUUUUUGAUUUACUCUGCAUUUUUACAUUUUUGACACCAUGACCAAGUCUGACUCACUAAAGUAUAGUGAAUUGUCUUGUUUUUUGUUGUUGUUGUUGUUCUGUCAAAAUGUCACAAUUGGAGUAUCAAAAUCAUGCCUGUAGUCCUACCAAUUUGUAAUCUACUAGCAUAAUAAUUAUUUUGUCCAUGAUAAGGUUUUGUGUGAAUAAACUAUGAUAUAUAUAUA